UUAUCUGUUUCUUUGAUUUUGCUAUUUAUAGCUGGAUGAGUAAAUGAAUAUCUUUGUUUUGUUCUGUAAAACACUGCCAACAUGACUCAUAAAUAUUCAUAUUGUCAUAUAGGGCAUGUAUUUGCAGAACAUGAAAAAAUGGUCAAAAUACCAAUAACAAUGCUCAGGUUUAAUGUAUUUUGAUAAUUUGCACUACUACUAUCAACAAUAAAGUGAAUCUGUUCCACUCUCGCAGCGAAAAGUUUUUUAACAAGGAAAAAUAUCACUUUAUAACAUUGUACUACAUAAGGAAUAGUGUAAUAACAUAAUUAAAUAAUAGAAUGUAAAGAAUAAACACUUUACAUUUUAGAUAAUUUAAUGGCAUAAAAGAAAACACGAGUUCCAGGGAUUCUCAACGUGCGACACAAACUCCCUCUAGUGGUACACAAAAGAAUUGCCAAAUUAAAUGUGCAAGCUGUGCGUAAUGUUCCAGUGGCUUCAAGCGAAUUUUCACUUGUUCGUCCUCAUCUUUUGUGAAGCUCGGCAUGUAUUUGCGCAGUUGUGUUGACUUUAUGUAAUCACGUCGCGCAAAUACUUCAAUUUGCGUCUGGUGUGAACGCACCGUUACGCCUACGAUGCUACUGUGUUUUUAAUGUGGGUCAUGGUGGUGGUACUUGGAAACCCAAGUUUUUGCUUACCUCAAGCCCCCAAAAAUAUAUAUAUAAUAAUGGCACAUUAUUGCAUAGAAAACUUGGUUUUAGUAGUUGAACGUUAUACUUCAUUUCUGAUGGCUACAAUUUGUGUGAAAGUGAAUUCUGAUUGAAAGUCCUCGAAUCUACUUCAAAAUGGUACAUUGUCAAGUGGACUGAAAUGGAAAAAGUUGUCAUUAAAGAAAGCACUUUGCUAGGCUGGAUGCUUGGAGCACUCGAUUGACCAUUUUCGCAAUCAUCCGAUUUGUUGCAUGAAAACACGGUGGCCGUAACCCGAGGAGCUUGUCAAUGCCGGAAAAAUGUCACUUAUUCGCUCCACGUCGGUGAAGAUGACGUUAACGCAGCACGCUAGAGGUGAAACAGAUCAUGGAGGAGGCAGUGACGAGGAAAUUUGUGCACGCCGACAGCAGUCACAUAGUUUCCUUCUGCGCUGUCGUGGAGGCCUGCGUGCUGCACGGGCUGAAGCGACGUAUCGCAGGGCUGCUGUGCAGCAACAAGGUGGCGGCGCUCUUCCUGAAAGUGGCCAAAAGCUUCAUGCCCGCAGAGCAACUGUGCCACAAGGUCCAAGAGCUGGAGCAACUCGUAGAAAACAGCAAACAGAACAAUUCCUCGCCGAACAACGAGCGCAGACGGCAGUCCAAGUUGAACCACCUCCCGCCUCAGGCCCUCAAGCACUUGUGGAUCCGAACGGCUCUGCUGGAGAAGCUCCUGGACAAGAUCAUCCUGUAUUUAGUGGAGAACGCCAGUACUUUUUAUGAGAAAGAAGCCAUGCUGAUGGAUCCUGUGGAUGGGCAGAUUCUCGCAUCAUUGUUGGUCGGUCCCUGUGCAUUGGAGUACACCCAAGUCAAGACCGCCGACCAUUUCUGGACGGACCCAUCAGCCGACGAGCUCGUACAGAGGCACCGCAUCCACAGCGGCCACUGUCGACAGGAUUCUCCCUCCAGGAGGCCUGCGCUGAUUCAAAAGAGACAGUCCAGUGGCAGCAUGGACGAUCGCCCUCUGGUGUGGGCGAGGGAGUAUGUGGAAUCACUGCACCAGAACUCCAGAGCCACGCUGCUAUUUGGCAAGAACAAUGUCCUGGUGCAGCCGAGGGAUGACAUAGAGGCCAUCCCGGGCUACCUCUCUCUGCAUCAAACGGGAGAGCUGAUGACACUUAAAUGGACACCCAAUCAGUUGAUGAAUGGCAAUGUGGGGGAGCUGGAUUCCGAGAAGAGUGUCUACUGGGAUUACGCCAUGACGAUUCGCUUGGACGAGAUAGUGUAUCUCCACUGUCAUCAGCAAGUGGACAGUGGUGGAACCCUGGUGUUGGUAAGCCAGGAUGGCAUCCAGAGGCCCCCCUUGCGCUUCCCCAAAGGAGGCCACCUACUCCAGUUUCUCACCUGCCUAGAGACGGGCCUUCUUCCUCACGGCCAGCUGGAACCACCGCUUUGGAAUCAGCGAGGAAAGGGAAAGGUUUUCCCCAAAUUGCGCAGGAGGAGCCCGCAUAGCUCAUGCGACUCGGUGUCUGACAAAGAGGAUGACAAAGCCACAGAUUACGUGUUUCGGAUCCUCUUUCCUGGCAAUCAAAUAGAGUUCAUGCCUUUAGAGCUGAUGGACCAGGGUAUGAACAUGUGGCAACCGGAAGCCAGGAAGUCCUCUGGCUCCUCCUGCUCACAGACGGGGUCGUCUGACAGCUCUCUGCCAAGUGGCUGCAGUCAGGAACGGGCUCCUCUGAAGCUCCUUUGUGACACCAUGAAGUACCAGAUCAUCUCACGUGCAUUCUACGGAUGGCUGGCGUACUGCCGUCACCUGUCUACAGUUCGCACACACCUCUCUGCUCUGGUCAACACCACUAUAGUCUUCCCUGACGUGCCCUCGGAUGCACAAGGCGGUCUGUCUGCUGACGUCUGGGCCAGGUUUCUCCAGGACAGCUCUGCCUACGAGGAGCUUGAAAUACGCAGGCUGGUGUAUUUUGGAGGCGUGGCACCUUCACUGCGGAAGGAAGUCUGGCCCUUCCUGUUGGGACACUACCGGUUCACAAUGACUGAAAAAUGCAGGCUGGAGGCGGACGAGCAGAUGCGCCUCAUGUACGAGCAGACCAUGAGGGAGUGGCAAGGCUGCGAGGCCAUCGUGCGCCAGAGGGAGCGGGAGAAACACGCAGAAGCCCUCGCCAGGUGUUUGUCCGGCACCAGUGUUGAGCGAGGGCCAGUGGUGGAGCGGGACUCCACCAUUAGUACAGAUUCAUCACUAUGCAGCAGCUCCGAUCCGCAGAAUACACGGUCACAGAGCGACUCCAGCAGUAGUGCACCGGUGUUUGCAUCAGUUGAUGCCAUGGAGACGAUGGCUGAAGGAGAUCAAAUAGAGCACAGUGGUCCAGUAAAGGACAUCCCAGCUGGUCCCUCUGGGUCCAGCGGCCUAUCUUGCUCGAAUGUGUCGAAACCACCACCAGCUUGUGACAGCUACCUUCUACUAACGGAACCAACUAUUGCAUCUGCAACCCCUCAGCAGUCAGCGAAGGUAUCGGAUCACUCGAGUAAGGAAUUUAUAGCCGAAUCAUUGCCGGACGUGGUUAAGGUACUUGAGUCGACAACCGAGGACAGCCUCUUGGGGAGUGACAAAAUCCAGAGUCAUGAAGCUGCUGAAAUAAGCAAGCCCCCAGAAGCGGUGGAGAAAUCUGCAAACGCAAUCAUUGACUUCAGAGCUCCACCAGACAAUGUCAAGGUUAUUACACUUGAAACUGAGAUUCAGAAUGAAUAUUUCCAAGCACCACCACUCGGACAGGCUCUUCAAGCACAAAAUAGACAAGCUCAAGAAAAGGAUGCGUCAGAAAAAGAUAUGUCAACAAUCAAGACGGAUCCAGAGAGUUGCAAAAAAGCAGAAACAUUUGACAAGUUGCGCUCGCAAUUGUUGGCUGCCUGUCUCUUGGAGGCAGACAAAGCAGAAUCCACAGAUUCAGGUGCGUCUGAAACCAGAAAUGUGUCAGAAAUCUCAAACUCACCAGUCAGGCAAGUACUUGACGCUCUCCAGUCGGCAUCCCGCGGGAGCUUUUCGCUAUCAUCUCAUACCCGGCAGUCCCCGGAUUCGGAGGACUCUCCCUCUGCCCUGGAGAUGGAGGACAUUCCUGCUGGAGUGGCCUGCCUGAACCUCGAACAUCAUGCAACAUCAUGCAUGUUGCAACUGAACACCAGGCCCUUGACGGUCCUCGCGGCCCCGCCCGCGUGCCUGGCUCGGAGAGCCAAGAUGGCGCCAGAGGACCUUAUCCCAGAUCCCCAACUGGGCACUGCUUGCAACACCAGUCCAGAUGACACUGACCCAGGGCUGUCCGAAGAUGAGCCCGAUGCGGAAAAUGAGUUUGAUGCCAAGGCAGUAGUGGAGUCCAAAAUGGAAGACUCUUCAGCUCAACAAACGUACUCUCAAGAAACCAUGGACAUGUACCUCAUCAACUUGCAUCGCAUUGACAAAGACGUCAGACGAUGUGACCGUACCUACUGGUACUUCACUCCUGAAAACCUGGACAAGCUAAGGAAUAUCAUGUACAGCUAUGUGUGGCAACACCUGGACACAGGUUACGUCCAGGGCAUGUGUGACAUAUUGGCUCCCCUGCUGGUUAUUCUGGACAAUGAGGUGAUGGCCUUCAGCUGCUUCACCGAACUGAUGAAAAGGAUGAACCAGAACUUUCCUCACGGGGGUGCCAUGGACUCUCACUUUGCCAACAUGCGCUCACUCAUUCAGAUCCUGGAUUCUGAGCUGUUUGAGUUGAUGCAGCAGAAUGGCGACUACACCCACUUCUACUUCUGUUACCGAUGGUUCCUGCUGGACUUUAAAAGAGAAAUGGUGUACGAUGACGUUUUCUCCGUGUGGGAGACCAUCUGGGCGGCGGCGUACACCACUUCAGAGCAUUUUGUGCUUUUUAUCGCACUCGCACUGGUGGAAAUGUACAGGGACAUCAUCCUGGAGAACAACAUGGACUUUACUGACAUAAUCAAGUUUUUUAAUGAAAUGGCUGAGCGACACGACAUCCCGCGGGUCCUGACGAUGGCUCGAGACUUGGUCCACAAAGUGCAGACACUCAUAGAAAACAAGUGAUCCUGUACUCUGCUCUUCAUUUGCCAUUUACUUUUAAGUAACAUUCACCACACACACACACUCCAAAACAAAAAAAAAGUUCAAUGCAGUAAGGGUCUUAAGUGGUUAAAACUGAUUGUCAGUCGAAGACUUUGUUGCUCAGCUCUACUGAGGGAGACAAUAAAGGCCAGUACACAUUGAUUUUUAAGUGUUAUUCACCUAGUGAAUGUACCCUUUUUGAAACGGCUUCAGGAUGUUAGUUUUGCCUUAAAUGUUGCCAUUUUUUUCAGGGAUACAACAAAGUUUAAUCUUAAAUCGUACCUUUCUAAUGUCUUGUGAUGCUUGUUGGGUUUCCAUCAGGGGGAAAAAAGCAAGGGGAUCUUGGUGAAUCCAUGUUGCACAUCUGGUUCCUGAUGUGGUUGUCAAUAACCAUCACUUGGCAGCCAUCUUGCAUUUGUAGAUCCUUGGUGCUUCUAAUUUUCAUAAUCAACCCUUUCUCAUUAAAACCACUCAUUUUGUUUUCUGUAACACUUGUCCUUAACAAUAUCAUUCUACAAUUAUCAUUUUGGUCCCCCCCCCCCCCGCUCUUGGGUCAUUUUAAAUUGACAAUUUUCUUUUUACAACUUAAUUGUACAUGUAACAUACUAGCAUUAUUCAUGUUGGUGCUCACCUGCUCUUUGGGAUGUUUUUGUGAUCAAUUAAGACCAAACGAUCUUGCUUUUAAGGGCAACUUCUCACAUUUCCGUGUUAGCUUCUCAGUGGUUUGUUUGUGGUCAUGCAAUUAUAGUUUAAGAUUUUGACCAGGCUCAUGUUGCGCCUGAACCCAAAUCAAAUGUGAUGUGUCCACAUGGGUCGGGGGAAAUAUGGAUUAGUUUGGAGAAACCCCCACGAAUAAUCUAACGCUAAUCAUUUAAAUAGCUUAAACUAUCAAAAUGAUCUAACAUUUCAAUGGCUGCCAAUCAGCUCCAAAGCCUUGUUUGGUGUCAGCAAUUUUUCACGAUCAUUGCUAAAGUGUCUCCAUGCGUUUCUCAGAAACACACUCGUGUUGUGUGUGGUUACGGAUUGCUGUUUUCCUUUUGUCAGACGUGCUGUAUACAAUAAGACCCACUGUACAAAAGCUAGCACAUUAAAUGCAAUACAAUGUCGAAACAUGGGCUUUAUCGGAUUAUCAUGAACAGAGCUCAGAAAAAAUAAAAAUGAAAAAAUAAAAAUCCCAUUGGAGACAAAUUUUAUUUUUUUUCUGUCUUAAAUGUAACCUGUUAGAAUUUAUUUAUUGUGAAUUAAAAUCUAUUUUGCA